GCAAUUUCCCAACAGUUCAUCUUCAAAAGCCCCUUCUCUUCUGGAGACACCUUCUCUUCCUUCUCAUCAACACCAACCCGAAAAUAAUUGACCAUGGCGGAUAUUCGAAGUGAACCGCUCACCUUCCCCGAGAAGGACGAUCUCGCCCAUACCAAAGCCAUGAACACGACCAUCGCGAAUGCCAAACUUGCCACCGAGAAGGAACACAACAUGACCCUCUUGCAGGGUAUCAAGUUGUAUCCUAAGGCAGUCUUCUGGAGCGUCCUGAUUUCGACCUGUAUCGCCAUGGAGGGCUACGACGUCUGCCUUCUCGGAGCCUUCUACGCCCAUCCUAAAUUCAAUGAGAAAUACGGUGUUUUACUCGCUGAUGGAACAUACCAAGUCCCUGCGCGCUGGCAAGCAGGUCUCAGCAAUGGUGCCAAUGUUGGAGAAAUCAUCGGUCUCUUCAUCAACGGUUUCGUCUCUGAGCGCUUCGGCUACCGUUACACCGUCAUGACUUGCCUUGUCAUGAUCGCGGCUGUCACUGCCGUCUUCUUCACUGCACAGAACGUCCAGACUCUUUUGGUCGCUGAGAUUCUCUGCGGUAUCCCAUGGGGAAUUUUCCAGACCCUCACCGUCACCUACGCCUCCGAAGUCUGCCCCGUCGCCCUCCGUGGAUAUCUUACUACAUAUGUCAACUUCUGCUGGGGUAUGGGUCAGGCCAUCGGCAUCGGUGUUGUGAAGUCUCUUUUGCACCGCAAUGAUCAAUGGGCAUACCGCAUUCCCUACGCCCUGCAAUGGAUGUGGCCUGUCCCUCUCAUCAUUGGUAUCACCUUCGCCCCUGAGAGCCCCUGGUGGUUGGUCAGAAAGGGUAGAGUCGAGGAUGCUAAGAAGGCCCUCCUCCGGUUGACCAGCCUGAACCGCGAGACCGAGUUUGACGCUGAUGAGACCAUUGACAUGAUGGUCCACACUACCAAGCUUGAGGAGAAGAUAACUACUGGCUCCAGCUACUGGGACUGCUUCAAGGGAACCGACCUCCGCCGUACCGAGAUUGUCUGCAUGGUCUGGGCCAUUCAAAACCUUAGCGGCAACUCCUUCUCAGGUUAUUCCACUUACUUCCUUGAGCAGGCUGGCCUCGAUCCCGGCAAGGCCAUGGACUUCGCAAUUGGACAAUACGGUAUCAACAUGGCUGGUGUGUUCGGCGCUUGGUUCCUUAUGAGUGUCGGCAUUGGUCGCAGAACCCUCUACCUUGUUGGUCUUUGCGGUCUCUUCACUAUGCUUCUCAUCAUGGGUUUCCUUGGACUCGUUCCUGAAGCUCACAAGGACGCUGGGUCUCUUGCUACCGGCUCUAUGAUGUUGAUCUGGGCCCUCUGCUACCAGCUGUCCGUUGGUACCGUCUGCUACUCCCUCGUCUCCGAGAUCUCGACCCGUCGCCUUCAAAUCAAGACUAUCGUCCUCGGACGUAACCUUUACAACAUUGUCGGCAUUGUCUGCAGUGUCCUUACCCCAUACAUGCUCAACCCCAGCGCUUGGGACUGGGGCAACUAUGCUGGUUUCUUCUGGGCUGGCAGUUGCUUCUUGUGCAUCAUUUACACUUACUUCCGUGUACCUGAGCCCAGUGGUCGUACUUUCGCUGAGCUUGAUCUGCUCUUCGAGAAGAAGAUCAGCGCAAGAAAGUUCGCCAAAACUCAAGUCGAUGUUUUUGCCGACAGUGUCGAGAAGGUCGGCGUGUUUUGACGUCUUUCCCUUCUGCUUGACUGCUGUCGUUUUUCACGAUGUUUC